GUCAGACGGCGGCGAUGGAGAUGCGUUAUGUGUUACAGAAGAGGAAAUGGCUGGUGAAGAUGAAGACAUGCCAUCCUUCCCAUGCACACAGGACGGCCAGCCGGGGCCUCGCUGCAGCCGCUGCCAGAGGAAUCUGUCCUUACACACGUCUGUGCGGAUCCUUUACCUCUUCCUGGCCCUGCUCCUGGUGGCCGUGGCUGUGCUGGCCUCCCUAGUUUUCAGGAAAGUUGACUCUCUCUCAGAGGACAUCUCCUUGGCCCAGUCCAUUUAUGACAAGAAGCUUGUGUCUAUGCAAGAAAACCUCCAAGGACUGGAUCUGAACGCCCUCAACAACUGCUCGUUCUGCCAUGAGGCUGGGCAGCUGGGGCAAGAGAUCAGAAAACUGCAGGAGGAGCUGGAGGGAAUUCAGAAGAUGCUUCUGGCCCAGGAGAUCCAGCUGGACCAGACCUCACAGGCCCACGAACUGCUGUCCACCACUAACAGUCAGAUCACCCAAGAGAUGGGCAAUUGUUCCUUCUCCAUCCACCAGGUUAACCAGUCCUUGGGCCUCUUCUUGGCCCAGGUGAGAGGCUGGCAAGCCACCACAGGCAGCCUGGACCUCUCUCUGAAGGAUCUUGCCCAAGACUGCUAUGACGUCAGGGCUGCAGUGCAUCAGAUCAACUUUACUGUGGGGCAGACUUCAGAGUGGAUCUACGGGAUCCAGCGGAAGACAGAUGAGGAGACCCUGACCCUACAGAAGAUUGUCACUGACUGGCAGAACUACAGCCGGCUCUUCAGUAGCCUGCGCACCACCUCAGCCAAGACAGGAGAAGUGGUCAAGAACAUCCAGACCACCCUGGGCGCCUCCUCACAGCGCAUCAGCCAGAAUUCCGAGAGCAUGCAUGACCUGGUGCUGCAGGUCAUGGGCUUGCAGCUGCAGCUGGAUAACAUCUCAUCCUUCUUAGACGACCAUGAGGAGAACAUGCAUGACCUGCAAUACCACACCCGCUAUGCCCAGAACCGAACAGUGGAGAGGUUUGAGACACUGGAAGGACGCAUGACUUCUCAUGAGAUCGAGAUUGGCACCAUCUUCACCAACAUCAAUGCCACUGACAACCACGUGCACAGCAUGCUCAAGUACUUGGAUGAUGUGCGGCUCUCCUGCACGCUGGGCUUCCACACCCACGCCGAAGAGCUCUACUACCUGAACAAGUCAGUCUCCCUCAUGCUGGGCACCACAGACCUGCUCAGGGAGCGCUUCAGCCUGCUGAGCACCCGGCUAGACUUCAACGUCCGCAACCUCUCCAUGAUCGUGGAGGAGAUGAAGGCCGUGGACACACAGCAUGGAGAAAUCCUUCACAAUGUCACCAUCCUAAGAGGUGUCCCCGGCCCUCCAGGACCAAGAGGACUCAAGGGAGAUGUGGGCAUGAAAGGGCCUGUUGGCAGCAGAGGACCAAAAGGAGACGCAGGCAACUUAGGCCCCCCAGGGCUUCAGGGUCCUCAGGGGCAGCCUGGGGAUGCCGGACCUGUGGGAGAACGGGGGCCAGUUGGCCUGAGAGGUGUCCCAGGCCUCAAAGGCUCAAAAGGCAGUUUGGGAACUGGAGGGCCAAGAGGACAGCCAGGCCCCAAAGGGGAUGUGGGGCCCCCCGGACCAGAGGGGGCCCCAGGGCCAGAGGGGCCCCCAGGGUCUCAGGGAAAACCAGGUAUCGCAGGGAAGACAGGGUCACCAGGCGAGCGGGGGCCCAUGGGGCCUAAGGGUGAACCAGGGAUCCAGGGUCCUCCUGGCCUCCCCGGACCCCAAGGCUCACCAGGGAGCCAGAGUCCCUACUGAAGAGGGGCUAGUCCAGGACACUGCCACACAGAAUGCC